ACGUCUCUGCACAGCUCCGCAUCACGCCCUGCACACUGAUGGAGGAAAAGGACAGCAACGACAAUGAGGGCUACACCGGGGAGAUAAAGGGGGGACUGCGGCCUUCAAUGAAACUGGUUGUGAUGGGAAUCGUCAACAAAAAACCUCAAAGUAUGGAGGUGCUGGUGUCCAGUCAGCCCCGGGAGGAGGAGGGGGCUGAGGGGGCCGAAGGAGACGUGGGGCUGCAGCUGAAGAUCAGUUUUAAGGAGAAGGCGAUCCAGAGAAAUGCUCGACUCAAUGGGAAGUGGGGUCCAGCCGAAAACACUUUGUCCUUCUUCCCCUUCGCCUCUGGAGAACCUUUCAAGAUGGAGAUUGUAUGCGAGCACCAGCAGUUCCGUAUCCUGGUGGACGGACAGCCUCUGUGCGGUUUCUCCCAUCGCUUCACCCCUUUGGCCUCUCUCACCUCUUUACGAGUAUGUGGAGACCUGCAGCUCACAAAGGUGGCCUAACCAAGGGGACGAUUAGCUGUGUGUUUAUUUAGAAAAGUGCUACGAACAAAUCAACCCACGAGAAAACUGCAUGGGUUUACUUGUUCCAAACAGAAUUACACCUGACUCAAAAUAAUGUUGAAACCAAGUGCCUUCACUAGGUUCACUGCAGAGGAGCUGGGAAUUAUUGGUUGAAUGUACAACUGGCAAUGAUGGUUUGUGUUCAACCACUAAUCUGAUCCAAAUUUAUGACUUUGCAAUUAUUGAUACUUUGCAGUGACAUCAUGCUGGGGGUGUAUUUGUAUGUAUUUCUAUGGUGGAAUGUUCAUCAGCUAUCAUAGUGACACUAUUUAAAGACAAAAACAGAAGAUAGAAAAUUUAUUUAAACAACACAUUUUAAGGAAUUUGUGAUCUUUGAUCUGGUUAAAAAAGGUGACUAAUUGAAAAUGCUAGCAAGCUUGUGACUGUAAUUUAAUGUUUAAGAGACUUGUUUAACAGCAGAAAUCAGCUCACUUGUUGUAGUUCCAUCUAAGUCAGCUCUUUCUGGUCAGAUUGUGUUCAAACAAAGCUCACUUUACACACCCACAGUGAACGUUGAUGACAUCAGCUGCAAAGUAUCAAUAGAAACAGUUAUUGAAUUUCUUAUUUAGGAUGGUUAAUUAGACAGAGAGAGAAGUACAAAGAUGGAUUGAUUUAAAUAUAUAAUGAAAGGUGUCGUAACAUAUUUUCAGAUCCCAGAAGGACAUUUGAGUUAGCGAACAGUUAAUUAGUUAAAGGUGCACUAUGUAACUUUUCUGGUGCCUUCUUUUUCUCCAUGAAAAAUAUGUUAUUGCUUUGCCUAUAAUGUUGCACACUAUGACAAUGAACUUGUCUGUCUUGCAUUUAUUCAAUUAAAGGUGUUUUUUAAACCUACAACUUUUGCACCCCUGCUUGUCUCCAUGAAGAUAGACAAGUUUAAUGUGAUAUUGUGGAACAUUCUAGACAAAGCAAUGCAAAGAAUGUCUAUUUAGAUUGUAUACACUUCUUUAUACAGUCACAGCAGGCAUAGCCAACUUCCACUGUUGGAAAUAAAAUUAUUAUUAACAGAAAUCUUAAUUUAUAAAUGGUGGUACCACAAUAAAUAUUUUAAUUUUCAUCAAUUGCUACUUCAUUAAAAGUCUUUCUUAAUUCAGCAAACAAAGUGUAGAAGCUUGAAGGUGCAUUGUAUAACUUUUCUGGUGGAGGUGUCAUCAGAUGCUUUUCUUCAUGGAGUCAUGUUAUUGCUUUGUCUGGAAAAGAAACACCUGUAAUUAAAUAAAUGUUAGGUAGAGCUGUUUAAUGUUAUACUGUGGAACAUUUCAGGCAGACCGAUGACACAUCCAUAAAAACAAACAGAUGGACCCCCAACCAAAAAUUUACACAGUGCACCUUUAAUUGUUUAGUCUAAAACACUGAAUCCUCAGAAUUAAAAUGAAUGUGUCUGAACAGUGUGAGAGCCCAGUGCAGUACUGUAACAGGUGUAAUCAUGUAAUGUAGCCUAUAAUAGUGCAUGCCAUUUACACACAGUGACUUUGA